GAUUUUUGUAGGGGGCUAUCACAAAGAGAAUGACAACUAUUGAAGAGAUGGCAGGCAUGGAUGUGCUUUGCAGUGAUAAGACUGGGACCCUAACACUAAAUAAGCUUACUGUUGACAAAAAUCUUAUAGAGGUUUUUGCAAAAGGAGUGGAUGCGGAUACUGUUGUUUUGAUGGCAGCUCAAGCUUCAAGACUUGAGAAUCAAGAUGCAAUAGACACUGCCAUAGUUGGAAUGUUGGCUGAUCCCAAAGAGGUUAGUCAUUGA